AUGGCUAUCUUGAAGUACAAGACCGACGAUGACGCGGAUGUGGGCGCCCACGGGCCGAACUUCAACGGCAUCCAUCACUUCGGCUUCUACGUCGAGAACCUCCCGGAGCAGGUCGAAAAGAUGGAAAAGGCCGGCGGCAAGAGGCUGACCAAGGUGGCAGACCCCGGCACCGGCGGUCUGUUCGGGGGACAAGCCAACUACGCCAAUGCCGAGGUCAAGUUUGCCGGGCCGGACGGAGUCGUCAUUGACGUUUCCGGCAGCGGAUGGGCCACCUCCGCGUAA